CGGGUAUAAAGAGGAGGGUCCCAGCUCCUCUGGGACGUCCCUGAGCAGCUGAGCCGGAGCUGAAACACAGAGCCCCAAGGCCCCACAGUGUGUGCCCAGGAUGAUGCCCUACGGAGAGAGGCUGGGGAGCCCUGCUGUCUCCCCACUCCCAGUCCGCGGGGGGCACAUGAUGCAUGGGGCAGCCUUUGCCUAUGUGCCCAGCCCUCAGGUCCUGCACAGGAUCCCAGGAACCUCCGCCUAUGCCUUCCCCAGCCUGGGCCCCAUGGCCCUCGCCGAGCACAGCUGCUCCUUUGGGGAGGUUCUGGAGUUCCAUGACCCCUUGCCUGCCAAGCUGGCCCUGGAGGAGGAGCAGAAGCCAGAGCCAGGACUGGCCCAGAAGCUGCCUCGGGCUGGCCUGACCCUCCUCAAGGUGCCAUUGAUGCUCGCUUUCCUCUAUCUCUUCGUCUGCUCCCUGGAUGUGCUCAGCUCAGCCUUCCAGCUGGCUGGAGGGAAGGUGGCUGGCGACAUCUUCAAAGACAAUGUCAUCCUGUCCAACCCUGUGGCGGGGCUGGUGGUGGGCAUCCUGGUGACUGUGCUGGUGCAGAGCUCCAGCACCUCCACGUCCAUCAUUGUCAGCAUGGUCUCCUCCGGCUUGCUGGAGGUGAGCUCUGCCAUCCCCAUCAUCAUGGGCUCCAACAUCGGUACCUCAGUCACCAACACCAUCGUGGCCCUGAUGCAGGCAGGGGACAGGACUGACUUUCGGCGGGCAUUCGCAGGGGCCACCGUGCACGACUGCUUUAACUGGCUGUCAGUUCUGGUCUUGCUGCCCCUGGAGGCUGCCACUGGGUACCUGCACCACAUCACUCGACUCGUGGUGGCCUGCUUCAACAUACGGGGUGGCCGAGAUGCCCCUGACCUGCUGAAGAUCAUCACGGAGCCCUUCACUAAGCUCAUCAUCCAGCUGGACAAGUCCGUUAUUACCAGCAUUGCCACCGGUGAUGAGGCCCUGAGGAACCACAGUCUCAUUCGAAUCUGGUGCCUCCCAGACCCCAUGGAGGCUUGCGGGGCACUCCCCGGGCUCUCCGAAUCAUCAUAAUCCUCUCUACUUCAUAGCAAAACCUGGAGUGAGAGAAAUCACACACUUUGAUAUCGUCACAAAAAACAAGGGAUGGAAGGGAGCUCCUGGGCCACCCCACUUGCUGCUCUGAAACCUGCUGCCCACCUGCACCCAGCAGGUUCCCCUGCAGCACGUACCACUGAUGGAAUCCUCCUGCCAUGCUGGUGAGGUGGACAUGAGCAUCCUGAGCACCCUGUCUUCCAUGUGAAGCAACCUACCCAAGGUCGCUGGACCAGGGCUGUCCUCACUGCUCCAGCUGCCACCUGCCUGAGCACUGGUUUCUUUGCUCAGCUCUCCCAGGAGACCUUUUCCUUAAGAGCAAUUUCCUUGGCCUGGAAAGUUGCUCUGGGGUGAGAUCUGAGCUCCCUGUUUUCACCCUCUCUGUGGGACAGUUUCCAUGGGAAUGUGGCUCAUGCAGCUUUGUGUUCGCUCUUGGGAGGUGAUAUGUGCUGGCGGCUCCUCCUGCACUGGACUCGAGUUUUCCUCUGGCCACUGAAUCUCCCUGUGCUCCCUUCCAACCUAUCCCCGUUGCCUCCAGCUUUCAUCAAGCUGGACCCGACUUCACCCAAACCAGUCUCCAGGGAGCUGUGUCACCAAAGAAAGGAUUGGGAGCCUGUGAGUGUCCAGAUGAUGAAAGAAAAACCAGAGGCAAUUUUAGUGUUCCAACACCUCUUGGUGCUCUGUGGGCCUGACAUUAUCUUGGGAAUGACCUUCUUUUGUUCUCACACUGUGGAUUGUCAACCAUACCUGCCUGGUUUAGCAUCUUUUGAGGACUUGCAACCUUGGAAGCAUCCCCAUUUUACAGAUGAGGAAACUAAGGCUCAGAGAAACUAAGGCCCAAGUCCAUGCGAUUGAAGGACAAAAAUCCUGGGGGAAUUUGGAGCCUGCAUUCCUGAAUCUCCAUCUUGCUGCCUCUUCCAGACACCAGUCUGGUGUCCCACCAUUCAUGUCCAUUCCCCACUCUGCCCAUCAUAACUGAGUGCCACCAGGCAACCGCAGCAACUCAGAGACCCUUCAGUGAUGGUAGGUGCUGCGCUAAAGAGUUCUCUUCACCACCAGAUGGCGCUGCUGGCACAGUGCUCUCCUUUUGCUCCAGAAACAAAGACCCUAGAGUUCCCCUUCCCCUGGAGGAGAAACUAUUGCGCAGGCCCACAUCCUGGGCCUUUCUCCCCAGCGGAAGGAUUCAUGGAUCCCGGGAUUCCUUUGUGAGGUUAAUCAUCUCCUUCAUUUUCCAGAGGUGCCUCCUUAAUUUGGGGUGGCUCUGCAGGCAUUUAAAUCCCAACUCUCUCUUCCAAGAUUCCUCAAAACUAGCCCCUAGGGAGAGGUGGGCAGCAUUGUGGACCUCUUGCUGCAGAGGAGGAAACUGAGGCCCAGAGAGGUUAUGUACUUGGUCCAGUGUCACACAGCUGGAAGUGGCUCAGCUGAGUUUUGAGCCCAGGGUUGUCUGAGGCUCACCAUUCUGUUCUGCCCACAGAAUUCACCACGCCUAUCACGUUCUCCCUCCCACUUCCCCAUCUCACCUCCACCAUGACCCCAGGCCCAGGAAGGAUGGGCACAUCCUGGGAGUAUGCCCCAGGCCCUGGGCCUGCUAGCUCUUUAUCUAGGCUGGAGCUUCUACCUUCUCUCUUAUAGUCUUCUUCCCCUUAUAGUCUCUGGACUCCCCCUGUGACCUCAGCCAGGGCCAUACAACCUCAGGCAGGAAGAUCAAGUUUCCAAAAUCCCGGGUUUUUGCCCUGGUCCUUGCCCUGGCCCAGCACUGCUCCUAUCUUCCUCCAGCCUCCCAGGAUCCCACAGGCCCCUCCCCCAAGAGAAUCCCAGGCCCAGCCCAGGGAAAGUCAGUAGGGUACAGGCUGGUCAGGCACCCACCCAUCUCAGGGAGUCAUCUGUCUUUCAGGACCUUAGGCUGAGGCCUCCCAGGAAUGUCCACCAAGCUCCUUCCCAACUGGGCCAAAACCUUCAGAAACAUCUGCAGGAGCCACUGAUCCUGAACUAGGAAGUCAAUCACACAACACACCCUUUCCACUGUGUAAUCCCAGAUGGGCCAAGGGAGGAAACUGUCAUUAUUUGGAGGCACAAUUUGCUGAAGGCUUGUCAUAAGCUAGGCCCUUUGGUGAGCGUUUCACACUCAUUUUCUCCUAUAACAUUUUUAACAGCUCUUUUAUUGUCCUGCUUUAGAGAAAACAGGCUCAGGAAGGUUGCGUGACGUGCCCAAAGUAGUUGUUACAAGCAGCAGGAUUUGAAUUCAGAUAUGCCUGACAUCAAGUCCUCAAAAGAUGCCUCUGUACCUCACCCAUGGCACUCUCCCUUACACCUGGCUCUCCCAAUUUAAAGCCAGGUGCUAUAAGUAGGUCUUACCUCUAUUGCACAGUUUUUAAAUGACACAGUUUAGAAUCAAACCUAAAGGAGCUGUAACAUUGAAGUGCCAGGACCCCACCUGCGCCCUACCCUCAGCACCGGGGGAGGUCAGAGAGGUAUGGGAUGCAGAGCUGGGGAUGGAGGUGGAAAGGGAACCAGCACCCAUAUCAACUCCCAGAAGAGGCAGAACACAUUUAUGGAGACACGAGAAAAGUAGUGACUCUUGCAUUUUACCAGAGGCGCUGGAAGUAACUGUCCCUUCUGGGGCUUCUGUGAGAUGGCGGCUCCCCAGCCAAGCCAAGCCCACUUUCUCCUUUAAAAGAUCUGGGGGGAAGGCACCCCAGGUUGCAUUUAAAAAAAUAACUCUUUAACCCAACGAGGCUACAAAUUAGUGUCUGCAGACCAGACUGGUCUUCAGAGUUGUAAAGCAUGCCUUAAGGUGGCUGCCAACAUUUACAGAUUGCAAAAAUUUACAUUUAUCUGAAACUAGAGAGUUGUGGUUUCUCCUGUAGAUAAGGCCCUUUGGCCAUGUGGGCUGUGUCCUUGGAUGGUGACAGUGGCCUGGAGCUGAAUAGCUGCUGCCCCUAAAGCCCAGCACACUCCCCCCACCAUCUCCACACUCAGCCUGAGCCCCUCACUUAGGCUACCUGCCUGGCCCUGGGUCCUCUGAAUUGGGGGGCCUCCCCAGAAACCUCACUCACUUCACUGAUAGUAGGUAGGGGAGGGAAGCGAUGUGGGGCCUGGACUCUCAGAGGCCCACCCUGCCCCCUGCCCCCUGCCCCUCUCCAAAUAAGGAAUUCAGCCAGAAGAAAAUGGAGCUUGGACAAGGUGCCUCAGGGAAGAGGAUGGGGCAAGGAUGCUGGGGAAGAGGGCCCACUGAGAGGGAUUGGUAAUAAAAGAUGGGGAAAGAAGAAUUUUCAGAAGAAGAAAACCAUGGUCAGCAGCAUCCAAAGCCAAGGAGAGGUGGGAGAAACAAGGACAAGAAGCCACCGGAUCACGAGCCCAGAGAGAGCCAGAUUAGUGGACUAAUGAGGCAAAAUUUCAGAGGGUUGGGCCGGCCGAGUGGCGCGAUGGUUAAGAGCUGGCUUGGGAUGCCAGAGGGCCCCGGUUUGGAUCCCACAUGUGAGGGCCGGUGACACUGCCCUCCACAAAAUCAAAACAAAAAAACAAACAAACAAAAAAUUUCAGAGGGCUGACCAUGGCCAGAUUCUUGUAUGGCAUGUAUUUUUACCUCCAUCUUUUCAGCAGAGCAGAUAAGCUCAGAGAGGGCAAGCAAACCACCCAAAGGCACAUAGCCAGGAGGCCUAUCACGAUUCCUUUACCCUCCGCCCCCAUCUCUCCUUAGUCUCCAUGUUAGCUCCAACCCCAGACUGCUUUUUCCUAAAUUCUCUAAGUCACCUUCCU